AUGCGUUCUCCUCUCCUCCAUGCUCUGCUCCCAGCAGCCCUUGUCAGCGCCCAAGCCGACCUCCUGGCCCUCCUGCAAUCGCAGCCCGACCUUAGCACCCUGACGGAUCUCCUCAGCAUCGCAGACCUCGCCGACGCUCUGGCCCAGGCUACCAAUAUCACCAUCAUUGCACCAACCAACGAAGCCUUCCAAAACGUUGACCCGAACAUCCCAGAGGGCGUGGCAGUCGCCAAUCGCAACGUCACUUCUGUCACUGCUUUGCUUUCUAACCACGUCUUUCGUGGUCUUUAUCCGGCCGCGAGUGUGGGCGAGGUCCCGAAUUUCGUACAAAGUCUGUUGACGCCGGAUUUUGUCAACGAUCAACAGCCGUUCACGAACUUCACGGGUGGCCAGUACAUUGGGAUCGUAAAGAACGGGGCGGAUGUCGAAGUCUUGAGCGGAGAGUUCGCUGUCUCUAAGGUGGUCGAAGCGGACAUUCCCCUUGGCGAAAACAUCAUCAUUCACAAAGUCGACACUGCGCUCGCCUUCGGGGCACCUCUACAACUCUUCACCGCACGUGCCGGCUACACGGCAUUAAAUGGUGCUCUAGAGGCAGUGGAUAAUCUGGGACUGCAGCUGGGGCUCACGGACGACGGCGGCACCGCGAUAGGCGUGUCCGAUCUGACUGUCUUCGUACCGAUGAAUGAGGCUUUUCAACUGAUCGGGUCUGAAGUUCUGAGCUAUCACGUCAUCUCUGAGAAUGUGAUCUUCUCGCCUUCGAUCAGCAAUGCGACUGUGCCUUCGCUGCAGGGAAGCGAUCUGCAGCUCACUGUCACCGAUGACGGGGCUGUGUUCGUCAAUGGAGCCAAGGUCGUGAUCCCGAACGUCAUCUUGUUCAAUGGAGUGGCACAUGUCAUUGAUGGCGUUCUCAACCCUCUCGCACCACCCCUAGAGCGUGCUAGCCUAGACGCUUCUGCUACUACUUCAGAUCGCGUAGCUUUCGCAGACGCCACGCGAGUUGAAGCACUCCCUUUCACUAGCUUUACCUUCGCCAUGGACAGCCAGCCGGAGACGAUUCUAGCCAUCUACAGCACCGGACUUGCCGUGGCACCCGCGAAUGCAGCAGCGACCUCUACGGCGGCGAAUAUGGACCCGACUAGGGCAACGGCAUCAGGCACAGCUGCGGCGUACACUGGGGCUGCUGAUGUGGCGAAGCUGGCUAGGGGUAUGCUUGCAGGUGUGGUGGGAGGGGCUAUUGCUGUAGCACUCUAG